AUGCAGACGCAAGCGCACAAGGAUGUGGUGAAGAACAUCACCACGGCCUCACAGCUGGAAGGCGAGCUCCAGCUCUCACAGGCCCAGCACGGUGUGGCGGUGCUGGAUGUGUACAACGCAGAGUGGGGUCACUGCAAAGCGCUCAGUGACACCUUCCGCCGUCUCUUCACCGACGCCGGCGACCUGGUCCACCUGCGGUUCUUCUCGGUGGAGUGCAAUGCGGUGCUAGAGAGCCUCAAGGACCCAGAUGAGAUGAAGCCCCAUCAUCCUCAGCAGAGGGGGAUGGUGUUCUCCAAGGACACCCUCGUCAGCUUCUGGAAAGAGAUGCUCGAGAAGCGCCAGAAUCACUCGAAGCCGUUCUUCGCCUUCUACAAGGAAGGCAGGAUGCGAACUCAGCUGGAGGGUAUCGACACCCCGAAGAUCUGCCGCGUCGUGCGUGAUCUGUGCAAUCAGCAGAACACUGUCUCGGAGUACGUCACGAACGCUGAUGUGCUGCGGUUUUGGGAGUCGCACUUCUCGCUAUCGGAGAACGAGGUGGCCGCGAGCGAGUUCGCGCAUGCGGUGCAGGCGGUGCUCGGCGCCUCGGCGGCGGAGCUGUCGGAGGCGGACUUGACCGACAUCACGGCCGAGGUGCAGAGCACCAGUGGGGCCACAGUGUCAGCCGCCGACCUGCAGUCAUUCGUCGGCGAUAGCGGGAGGGUGCAGGAUGCGAUUUUGACCUUCCUCGCAAAAAAGCGGGAGAUGGCCACCGCAACUGCAGCUGCACCGCCGCCGCCGCUGGAAGAAGAGCUGCAGCCAACAGAAUCAGAGGAGAAAGACACGGACGAGGAGCCGCGGGCGUCGCCUCAAAGACCGCUGUCCGCUGAGUCCGGUGAGGCGGUGGUGGAAGCGGCGGCGAGCGACGAAGAGGCUGAGGUCGGUGGGGAAGAAGUGGACGCAGACGCAGCGCUGGAGACCUUACCCGCCGAGGAAGAUACCGCCGAAGCGGCUUCGUCGGUGCACGACGCGCCGUCGCACAAUGACGAGCAAAAUGAAGAGCUGCCCGAGACGGUCACGGAUGGGGCUGACGAAGAGCCUGUUAUCGAGCCGCCCACCGUCGAUGCGGCGGAGGCGGAUGAGGCAGGCGCAGACACCCAUGAUCUCGACGAACCCGCAGUGGCUAACCCAGUGGUGCAGCAGGCAAUGCAGCAGCCUGAGGGCAAUGAGCCUGACAGCGCGUACGAGGAGCUGCCGGAGCAGCAGUCUGCAGCAGAUGUAGAGUCCCCCACGCCGUCACCAAGCCUGCCUGCAGAGGAGCAUGGCGAAAGCAGUGUGGAAGAGGCUUCGGGUGCGCCGGCUGAUGAGGCUCCCACAGAGGACGACACGCAGGCAUUACCCGGCGCGGCCGAGAACGACGACGACCAGCACGAGGAGCUUCCCGAAGAUGCGUGCCCGCCGUCCUCAGCACCGCAGCCACAUAUGGACACCAUGGAGUCAGAGGACGGCAACGACGAAGAGCUUGGCGAAGCGCCGUCGUCUGUGCCGCCGGCCGACACUGUCAACACCACCGGCGACCAGGACGAGUCCGUUGUCAAUCAAAUCUUCACGAAUCGCUGGGUAACGGUGACAGAGGAGGAGAUGCACGUGUGGAACACGGUGGCGGCAUUGCCGCUCCACUAUCCCCAGAGCACGACGAUGAUGGCGGAUCUGACGAACGACACAACGCCGGCGCACGAGGCAUUGUCGACGACGGCAGACCUCCCGACGCUGGCGGAGUAUCUGACAGAGCAAGGGGUGCCUUACUCCGACAUCAAUAUGAUGUGCAUCGCAGCAGAUCAGAAGGUGGCCUCGGAGAGCCUGUCGUACGGCAAGCUGUCGCUGCUACUCCUCUCCUGUGACCCGGAGGAGGGAAAGGGCCUGGUGCCGCACUGUGAGACGUUCCUGAAGGAGUUGUCGGACGGCACCCUUCUCAAGCAUCAGCAGCCGCUUGCCUUCACCGCCCUUGCGCUGAGUGCCUCCGUGGCCUACCCGGACGAGUGCUUCUGCUACUGUGUUCCCGAGACUGCGGUAGCAGCCUUCCAGGAGCUCGUCGUGGACGACAUCUUCAUCCUGAAUGCGCUGACGCCGCUCAAGACAACCGUGCCGCAGGACGGGCAGUUUAUCCUGCGCAUCAUCGGCCUGCCCAAGGUGAUCGAGCUCGCCACAACGGAUGAGAGCGAGGACACAAUGGUGCUAAGUCAGUGGUACGCACGCUUGCGGGUAGCCGAGCAGGACGCCAGUGCCCUCACCGCGCACUUCGUGGAGAACGUGUGCGAUGAUGAGUUCCAGGACUUCCUCUCCGGCUACAUUGAGCGCCUCAUCGAGGACGAGAACCGGCUGGACAAGAAGCACGGCGACGAGGAAAAAACCGCCGAGGGCGAGUUCAACGAUGAGGAGCUGGACGACGGCAGGUCCGCCGAGGCCGCCACACCCGAGCCCGAGGAUGUGCUUUAG